AUGAAAGACUUUCAAAUGAUAGAGGGCCUGAAAGACUAUCAAAUGACAGAGGAUGUGAAAGGCUGCCUCAUGACAGAGGCAGAUGUCAUGAUAGGUUCAGAAACAGAGGUCAAGAAAAGUCACUAAUGGAAAGGGAUUCUGAAAGAUUAUCACCAAAUCCAGACCGUGAACAUUUUCCUCAAUACAAAAAUCAUGAACAUUCAUCAAGGGGAAGAGACUAUGAAUCCAUGCCAAAAGACAGAAAUAAUGGAAAGAUAUUGAGAGAUCAAAGUCAUCAUAGAUCCUCUUCCUCUUUGGAUAAAAUUUCUCAUGCAUCAACAGAUAGAGGUCAUCAUAGAACAUCAUCAUCAAUGGGAAGAAAUUCUAGUACAUCAUCAGUGUCAGUUGAUAGAGGUCACGAAAGGUCAUUGCCAGACAGAGGUCAUCGUAGGUUAUCUUCCUCAUCAUCAGAUGUGUCAGACAUAAGUGCCAACAUAACUAUGCGUGGAAGGACAGGACACAACGGGCCAAGAUGACCCUCAGAUGUGCCAUACUUCUAACAAUGCUAUUCGCUGUUGGUGCUAUAGAAAUCCCACUAAUCUCAUCUGGUAUCCAUCUCCAAUACCCAAUCAUUCUCA